AUGGCUAAAACUAAACCUGAGCCCGAGCUGGUGUUCGAGAGGAAGAACAAGGACCUGCUCAAGAUCCCUAAAAAUGCGCGAAUUGAGAGACGCCCAAUUCCUCACCCUCCAACCGCGUCUCCUUAUGCUGGAGCCAAGGUACCAAAGGUUGUCUAUGUAUCGACCAAGACACCUUUCAUGAGCGUUGCCAAACGCGUGCAGAAACUGCUGAGAGAAGCGGAAAAGCGUGCCACACAGAGUGUUCGUUUGGGAGAUAAGAGAAAAACUGGCAAAGACAAGCUCACAGAGCUUAAAGACGCUUCUGAGGCAUUGCGCAAGGAGCCAGUCUUCAUCAAGGCUACUGGGCGUGCCAUUGCGAAGGCUAUGGAUGUGGGGAAGUGGUUUGAUGAAACGGACGGAUUUACUACCAAAGUAAAGACCGGAACAGUCUUGGUCGUUGACAACAUUGUCCAGAACGAGGAGGCUGAAGACAGAUUACAGGACAAGGCAGGAAGGGCAGAAGGUGAUACUCAGACGAAUGACGGUAAAGAAAAGGGCACAGGGGGGGCUGCUUCUAAGCCGAAUGAAAAGGCAGAACCUGCAGGACAGAGGCGGAAUAACGCCCUGAAUCCUACUGAUAAAGAUGAAUCGGAUUUACCAGAUUCAAGGACUCGUUGGGUAAACAUGGUAGAAAUCGCAGUUACCAUGGAAUAA